AUGCUUCCCCCAAUUCCAGCUCUGGCAGACUACGGCAUCUCGCCAGACCAUGGGUUCCUGCCACCCGAGCCCCCCAUUGACGUGCUUCCCGACCCAUACUACGCUCGAUGGGAGUGGAUUGUGUCCAACAUCCAGGCCCUCCUGAUCAGCCGACGGAUCCGAGAGGCGGUGGAUCAUAUGCCUAUGCUAUCUGUUUCAUACCUGCAGGACGACAGCGAGUGGAGGAGGGCGUACGUGGUACUGGUGUUCAUGCUACAUGGUUAUGUCUGGGGCGGAAGCAGGCCCGCCGAGAAAAUCCCUCCCCAAUUGACGGUGCCGCUGUUCGACGUGUGUGAUCACCUGGGCCUGCCGCCAGUCGCAACCUAUGCGGGCUGGUUCUACCUGGUGUCGGUGGCGAUCGAGGCUCGUGGGGCACCGUCCAUCCCGCUGGUGCUACAGGCCAUCGCGGCUGCCCGGGCUGGCAACAGCCUCGUCGUGACCGAGUGUCUGCAAGGACUGGCCGAGGUGAUCGACGAGGUGGGCUCUCUGCUGGAGCGCAUGUAUGAGCACUGCGAUCCGUACGUGUUUUAUCACCGCAUCCGGCCAUACCUGGCGGGCAGCAAGAAUAUGGCGGACGCUGGGCUCCCCCACGGGCUGCUGUACGACACUGGCCGUGGUGAAGCAGAAUACCGGCAGUAUGGUGGGGGCAGCAACGCGCAGAGCUCGCUGAUCCAGUUCUUUGACAUCGCCCUGGGGAUCGAGCACCGUCCCACGGGCGAGACCACUCGUCCUGGUGGUACCGCCGGUGAUGAGCAGAAGGAGGGGGUGAUCGGGGCGCCCCGCCACGGGUUUAUCCAGGAGAUGCGCUCGUACAUGCCCGCGGCCCAUCGCCGGUUUCUGGAGCAUGUGAGCGCGGUCGCCAACCUCCGGGAGUACGUGGAGGCGCGCCGCUCGGACAAGGCGCUGUGCAUUGCGUACGAUGCGUGCCUGUCGAUGCUGCGCGUGAUGCGCGACAAGCACAUCCAGAUCGUAUCGCGGUACAUCAUCAUCCAGUCGCGCGACGCCCGGCCGGGCCGGCGCGCCACCAGCCCCAAGCGACCGCCCCAGCAGCAGAUGGCGCAGCCGACGAACCUGGCGACCGCCCGCUACGGGGACAAGGCGGACCCGAAGAAGCUGCGGGGCACGGGGGGCACCGCGUUGAUUCCGUUCCUGAAACAGGCGCGGGACGAGACGGGCGAGCCAGCCAUUGACGCGUGGGCGCGGCGCCUGCUGAGCAACGGGCCGUCGGAAUCCAGUUUUGCGGCGCUGAGCAAGGUGGUUCACCACUACUACAUCUUCUACAAUCCAAACAAAACACCUACCUCUACUCCAUUCCACGAACCCAAUAUCCAACCAACCAAAAUGUCCAACGAAAACUCCUCCACUCUCAAGUCGUACCUCGACCAGGCCACGGGCGCCGCCCAGCGCGCCAUCGGCUCCCUGACCGGCGACGCCUCGACUCAGAACCAAGGCGAAGCCACCCACCAGCAGGGCAAGGCCGAGAACGAAGCGAGCCACACGACGGCGAAGCUGGGCCCGGUGACGGCGGACCCGGCGACGGGGGCGACGGCGACGGACCACCCCAAGCGCACGGAGGGCAGCUGGGACCAGACGGUGGGCGCGGCCAAGGAGUCGCUGGGCAACCUGGUGGGCAACGAGUCGCUGCGCCGCGCCGGGCAGGACCAGAACGCCGCGGGCAAGCAGCAGGAGGCGGAGGGCCAGCUGAAGGACUGGGGCGAGGGCGUCAAGGGCCGCGUCGAGGGCGGCGUCGGCAAGGUCGCGGCCGCGGUCACCGGCGACGAGGCGCAGGAGCAGCGCGCCAAGGAGAUCCACGACUCCGGCAAGGUGCGGCAGCGCGGCGCCGAGGCGGAUAUUGAGCGCCGCGCUUGA